GGCUUGACUUACUGCAUCUCAGGCUUGCGAACGUAUGCCUCAGCAUAGGAACGGACUGGACUCACGAGACAGACUGCAGGCAACGUUGGACUACCGCCAUCGCCACCGGCUUCCGUGCGGUAACAGACACAUCAAACGACCAUCCGACCUUUCUGAUCCGGGGAACGAAUAAAUAUGGAACAUUAUCACACGUUCGACAAGCGUUUAAAUUCUUUUGUGGACCACCUGUUUGGAGAGAGAGAUCCCAGAGUCAGAGGAUGGCUCCUGUUGGACUCUUACACACCAACCCUGCUACUCACCCUCCUCUACCUCCUGGUCAUUUACCUGGGCACGCAGUUCAUGAAGAACAGACCAGCCUAUUCACUCAAGAGCAUCUUACUCCUCUAUAACUUCUCCAUCACCAUGUUGUCCCUCUAUAUGUUAGUCGAGCUGAUAUCUUCAACCUUGUCAGCGGGGUAUCGCCUGCAGUGCCAGGGACUCUUUGAGAGGGGAGAGGCGGAUGUCAGGGUAGCGCGGGUGCUCUGGUGGUACUAUUUCUCCAAGCUGAUUGAGUUUCUGGACACCAUUUUCUUUGUGCUGAGAAAGAAAAAUAAUCAGAUCACCUUCCUUCACGUGUACCACCACGCCUCCAUGUUCAAUAUCUGGUGGUGUGUGCUGAACUGGAUCCCCUGCGGACAGAGUUUCUUUGGGCCAACGCUCAACAGUUUCAUCCACGUGCUGAUGUAUUCAUAUUACGGCCUGUCCACAUACCCCUCCAUGCACAAAUACCUGUGGUGGAAACGCUACCUCACUCAGGCUCAGCUGGUUCAGUUUAUACUGACAAUCACACACACCCUCAGUGCUGUGGUGGUGCCCUGUGGGUUUCCCAUUGGCUGCCUCCUCUUCCAGACCAGCUACAUGUUUACACUCGUCAUCCUCUUCGUCAAUUUCUACAUCCAGACCUACAGGAAAAAGCCGAGCAGACGAGAUGGGAAACCCGUCGAGACGCGGGAUAGAGAUGGCCAAGUCAGUCACCCGAAUGGCUUCUCCGCCGUCGCCAAUGGCAAACAGAAAUUCCAGUAGAAGUGUGGACGUGAACGUGCAAAUGAACCCAUGAAUCUAAUUACAGAUUACAGACUCUACUACCAUAGCAGGGAUAAUGAAUUUGACUUGUAAUUCUGUUGAGGUUGUUUUGUAGGUACUUUUUUUUUUUUUAUCAUUGAAUGUGUUUGUUCUCCACAUGGGCAUCAAGACUGGGCGGGGGCUCGGUGUAUGUGUGACGGAAUAAGGGGUUCCUCUGUAAGAUCGGGGAUAAAAAAAAGAAAAGAAAAGCGAAACAAACCUCUCCCAUUCCUGAUCACGUUAAAUUUCACAGGGAAAUAACGUACGUAUUUAAACAACCUCGGCUAGCUACAUUUCAUCAAAUCGGUAAGCGGAGAACUCGAGCGAACUCCUUGUACCGAUACGACGAUACGUUUCGGUCCGUCUUAAUAUCGUUAUGUAUUUUUUUUAUCAUUACACAAUUCCAGUUGCCUUAGAAACGGGGCGAUGCGCUGUAUAUGACGUCCUGACGGGGCGAACCGUUUAUCUGAAUGUGUUAGUUUUCAGGGACAAUCGCACAGGUUACAUAUUAACAGAGGUUUUAAUGAACAUGUCGUUUGAGUGUUUUUUUGAGCAUGGGUUUUUGUAGAUUCUUAAUUGACUAGAGUUCCUAAUUAGAUACCUUAUGAAUGUCUUCACCAUGACCAGACUGAUUAAAAAUCCAAACUUAAAACAUAAGUGUUCAGUGUUGAAAACGUAGCACAGAGCAUAUGCCAUUACAGAGGUGGAAUGUCUGAGCUGGUCCUUUUCAAACACAGCGAAACUAUCAAAUGUUAGUUUAAUUAUCUCUUUGUUUCAUUUGGUAUGUUGUUUUAAAUAAAGUCAUAAGAUCGUUCCUUUA